AUGGGCUGCUGUGCUUCACGUCCAUCCACUAAUCAUGAAGUGGACAUGACUGUAUCCUCACGAAAUCCACCUGAAAUUGGCCAUUCUAGCAAUAGUCCUGCAAAAUCCGAUACAGUACCUCGUCGUAUGCCUUUGCCACCUAUCGUUAAUAUCGUACCGGCUUCCCCUCGUUCCACCAUGGAAUCGGGCUCCGGCUUUCACCUAACGUCGACAAUGGACCAUGUGGAUGAUCCGCCAUCCGAAUCCAAAGAUGACAACGAUACCAACCCUAGUAUGGUACAGAUCGCUUCAGCAAAAGACAGUCAUGAUUCCAAUCCACCGUCGUCCUGGCCUAUCUUGGUGAGAUUAUCAUCCACUGCCCAAGAUAUUCAAUUGGAGAUACCUUGUGUACCUCCUUACAUCGAUACAGUAGGCUUGCGCCGUUUGCUUUACGCUCACGUUGACCCUACCACCCAGCAAAUCCGACUCAUUCAUCUCGGCAAACUUUUGCAAGAUUCAUCGCUCAUUGUACCCGCCGACAUUACCACCAGUGUUCCUGUAUCCGCCGUCAAGAUCGCCAAGCGAGGUGUGAUUCAAGCCAUGAUUUCGAAAGCACUUUGA